GUCACAUGAUUCAGAUUGAGGAUCAUCCCUUGUUUUUAUAGUUAAUAGAGCCAUCUACAGUUUUACUAUUACACUAACAUUUUCAUCAUGCGUAAACAAAAUGAUAAUUAUCUUUGUUAAAAUAGUACAAGAGUUUUCAUGAUUCUUGAAGACAGUCGCGUGUCAAAGUUGUUCUAUUUACUAUCAUUGUGUAUAAACAUACUGAUAUUUGGAUGAUAGGAGAUGGACGACUAUGAUACAUAAUUUCAAAGAAUAUUAGCUACGAUACAAUAAACAUAAUUUUCCUCAGAUUUUCAAAUAUAAUUUUAUGCGUAGUUUGAGCAUAACCAAUAUGUCAGACGUUAAAAGUCUCGAAUACCCUACAUUAAAGGUUCCUUAUGAACUCUUGAAUAAAAAGUUUCGUUUAGCUCAAAAAGUAAUUGACAGAGAAGCUUCGUAUGUACAAGCGGCAGCUAAUGAAUUAAUGAAGGAUAAUAAAACUUCUGUUCCUGCCGGGGAAAUGAGCAUAUUAUUGGGAGGCGUUGUAGAGAAGCUUCAAACUUUAAAAAGAAAGGCGCAAGAAUCCAUCGCAGAAGAGUUGCAAGCAGGAAUGGUUUGCAAAAGACGGCUAGAACAUUUAAAGGAACAUGCUAAUACUGCGCCAAGUGUUGUAAAUCAAUGGCGGCGACAGAGACUCGAUAGAAUGUUAAUAGAAUAUUUCCUUCGUAAAGGCUAUUACAAAACUGCAACCAAAUUAGCAGACAGUAGCGAACUUAGAGAUUUAACAAAUAUAGAUGUUUUUAUGGUAUCAAGAGAAGUUGAAACAUCUUUAGCAAAUCAUGAAACUGCAAGAUGCGUUGGAUGGUGCUAUGACAAUCGAUCUAAGUUAAGAAAAUUAGGAAGUACUAUGGAAUUUAAUUUACGUGUACAAGAAUUUGUAGAAUUAGUCAGACAGGAUAGAAGGCUUGACGCUGUUAAGCAUGCCAGAAGAUGUUUUACAAAUUAUGAUGAUUACCAGUUACAAGAAAUUCAGUGCUGUAUGGGGCAGCUAGCAUUUCCAGCUAAUACAUCACUCAGUCCAUAUAAAGAUUUAUUAGAUGAAAAGAGGUGGGAUAGAUUAAUCGAGCAAUUUAGACAUGAAAAUUAUAGACUUUUCCAAUUGGCUAGUCAAAGUGUUUUCACGGUAGCGCUACAAGCAGGUUUAUCAGCAUUAAAAACACCACAGUGUUAUAGUGCAAACAAAGAAGGCAGAAAUCCAAACUGUCCAGUGUGUAACGAGGCUCUUAAUGAACUGGCUGUUCCAUUGCCUUUUGCUCAUUGUUCACAGUCUAGACUUGUUUGUAGUAUUAGUGGAAAACCAUUAAAUGAAUAUAAUCAACCAAUGAUGAUGCCAAAUGGAUACGUAUAUGGAGAACAAGCACUGGAAAAAAUGGCUCAGGAAAAUAAUGGUACUGUAGUUUGUCCGAAAACCAAAGAAGUAUUUCCAUAUAAAAAAAUAGAAAAAGUGUAUGUUAUGUAAAAUUUGCUGACUCAGGCACAAUUUCUACUGUGUAUAGUGCAUCUUUCUCGUAAUCUAACUCGGAAUAUUUACUGUUUAAUAUUGUAUACCGAUAUUAACAAAAGAAAUAACAUCUAUUUUUAAGGAAG